AUGAAUUUUCUAUCUGAAUCACAAAAACGUGGCGUGGCGGGACUCUGUGCGUGUCUUUUACCUGCUGUGACCGAUGGUUCGACGGACUUAAUUUGGUCCAAAGCAUAUCUUCAGCUUAUUAUUGAGCACUUUAUUGGACUCAAUAGUACCCAAACCGAAGCAUAUGUACCCAUUUUAACCUCACGACUUGUUCAAUUGGCUGAAAUGGCACACGAUCCUUCAACCGUGACAGUAGACGAACUGGACCCAUCUCCUUUCUUGGCUCUAAUAAUACCUGAACGAAACGUCACAAAAGACUUUGAACGCUGGACAAAAAAACUUCCAAACCGACACAAUAAAUGGAGCAAUAAUUCCAGGACAGAAAAUGAUGCAGUCGAGAUGUUAACGACGGAGAACUUUCGUCUUGAAGUGAUCAAGCGACUUUUGUGGUUUACAGUCAAAAGUGUCGGUUAUGAUGCCAGAUCAAGAACAUUAUUCAGAAGAUUAGUACUGGCGAUGCAGUUGCAGUGGACAGAUGUGACCAAAGAAGAAAUUACGAUUGGCCAAGUACUAUUUGCAGAAGCUACAGCCAUGCCACUUGAUAAAGUAGCAGCUAAGCCCAAGAUUUGGGACUGGAAACGCAAUGCAGCUAUUGGUGCAGCAGCAAUGACAGGAGGUGCAUUACUUGCUGUGACGGGAGGACUAGCUGCUCCUGCUAUUGCAGCCAGUUUGACGGCACUGGGAGGAGCAGGAGUGACAAUUGGAGCAGCGGUGGGCUCGGCAGCAGGUGUUACGGCCACUACGGUGCUUUUUGGGACAGCUGGAGCUGGAGUUAUGGGCAUGAAGGUAGAUACGAGAACAAGAGGUGUUCAUGAUUUUAGUUUUGAUCUCGUGUCGGCAGGAGACGGCAUGAAUGUCUACAUUUGUGUGUCUGGAUGGCUAGAUGACGAUGACCCGCCUACGAGCGGAUUUCGACGAGCUUGGGGAGAUAGUCGGGAGUACUUGCGGGCAUUCUACAGACAGAAAAACGUAGAGAAAGUGGACCAGGUGGACCAGGUUAUGGACCGCUAUAAAGGUCGAGAAGACGAGUUCUUUGCUAUCUUGCGUCGCACGUACAAUAUUGACGUCGGUGAUAUAGAGAAUGACCCAUUAGGAAUUGCAGAUCUAUCGAAGAUGGCAAUGGCAGAUGAAGGUACGCGCUACAGUGACUUUACGAGUUUGAACAGCGACUCGGAUGCCAUUUCGAGUAGCACGGCAAGUACGACGGCAAAUAAUAGUAGCUCUUCCGUGUGGGAGCUAGGAACAAAGCAUGAACCGUUGCGCGCAUGGCGCUGGAAGGACCGCUUCCCUCAAGGUGAUCAGUACUGUCUUGUUUGGGAAGAAGCAGGAUUACGACGGUUUGGUAAAUCGAUGCGCACGUUUGCGGCUGAGCAAGUUUCAUCGUAUGCGACGACAGAAAUUGUCAAGUACACUGCGCUGGCGGCGCUAUUUGCUGCAAUAGCAAUUCCGCGAACAAUUCUCCGAUUGGCCGACAUCAUUGACAAUGCUUGGACAGUUACUAUGAACGCUGCGGAUAUUUCUGGCAAAUUAUUGGCAGAUGCACUGCGUAAGCGCGAGCAAGGUUUGCGUCCUGUUACACUGGUUGGAUAUGGCAUGGGUGCUAGGCUGAUUUUCUCCUGCUUGAAAGAAUUGUCCAAAAGUGAUUUGAUUAAUGAGUCAUGCGGAAUUGUAGAGAACGCUGUUCUGCUCGGAUCUCCUGUCCCUAUGGAGCGUGACGACUGGACAAACGCUCGUCGUGUCGUUUCUGGAAGGCUAAUCAACGGGUACUCUGAAAAUGAUUGGAUGCUGGGUGUCAUGUACCGUUACCAUGGCUGGACAUUAAACUCAGCUGGCGUUGCACCUCUCGAUAUUGUUGGUGUCGAGAACGUGAACCUGUCAGAAAUCAUUGGAGGGCAUCUGGAGUACAAAAGCAAAAUUGGUGCCAUCAUGGAUCUGCUACAAUUGGAUUUCUAG